GGAAUAACCAAAGCGMUGUGGACGCUUUACGGGCAGACACGCGAAUYRGAUGGCACUAGAGGGAUUAACUAGCAACACAGCCUACAAAGGAAUACAAUAGCAUAUGGAUGAGAAGAUAAAGGUCAAUUCAAACUAAUGUUUAAUAUUCUUGGACUUGUCACCUAAAAGACAGACCAACAGUUAUUUGGAUUUACACGCAAGUUAAUACUAGAAAAAAGAACGGAACUUGUGGUUUUCUAUUUCAAGGACUUAAGCUUAGAACAUUAGAAAGAGCUACUCAAAACGAAAUCUGCGAAAAAUCCAUGCGCAGAGUGAGACAUAUGCUUCGUUGUGACAUGUACUGACCUGUACUCGUCGAAAGCCGCUAAGCGGUUUUUUUACUAAAUGAUUUACUAUUCAUUGCACGCCAUGCAUGKAAAGUGAAGUGCCGAAAGACCAUUGCAUUCACACCACACGCAAAUGAACUAAGCGAAACCCAGUAAUAGUAGAGGAUAUGAACUCUUCUUCGUCAGUAAGUCCUGACUUACAAUUUUUUCUUCUGUYUAUGACCGUCAUCAAUGCGGUAAUCGCCAUCUUAGCUGCAUUCUUAAACUUCUUGAUCAUUUUGACGUUUGUGAAGACGACYUCUCUAAGAACUCCUUCAAACAUCCUCGUCCUUGGUCUUGCUAUAUCUGAUUUCUGCGCCGGGGUUAUUGCAGAACCCAUAAUAUGUUAUCUGAUGAUAGUUUACCUCACAGGGAAUAUACAGCUUUACGAGGAACUGUAUCGAGUACAAGACAUUGUAUUCCGAAUUCUUUUACCUGUUUCUUUUUACACUCUUACUGCUAUAACAAUAGACCGUUUUUUAGCUAUUUAUCUCCAUUUAAGAUACCAGCAGCUUAUUACAGGAAAACGCUAUAAAAUCCUUCUUGCAGCUGUGUGGAUUUUGAGCAUUUCUUGGUCAUUGUGUGUGAUGUACGUCARGAGCARAAUACCAACCAUUAUUGACCUCGCGUUAUUUAUUGGUAUGCUUUUGCUCAAUGGYAGUUUUAUUGGGUUYAUUAACAAGGUGAUAAAAAGACACUCAGCUGAAAUAGACGCACAACACCAGUCAAUUUCAACACUAAACUUGCCAAGAUACAAGAAAUCGGUGACAACUAUGUCUUUUGUGAUUGGUACGUUUAUAAUUUGCUACGUACCACAUUCAUGCGCUAUGCUUGUGACUCUGAUAAAKCCUACGUGGGACUCAAGGGUAAUGUUUACUAUAACCGAGACGUUAGUCAUGAUAAAUAGCGUUUUUAAUCCAAUUAUCUAUUGUUGGAGAAUAUCUGACAUAAGGACAGCAGCUCGGCAAAUACUGCUGACUUGGUCUUAGGAGAGAACUGCUAAUUGCAGUAUUUGGACUAGAAAUUAUCUUGUACAAGUCCAAACAAAURUAGGCACGUUCUGAAAAAUACAAACUUAAACGAUGAAAAAUAACUAAAUAAAACCCAAGAAAAUCCUCAAUGU